CGAGAACGAGGACGACGACGAGGCGCGCGAGGAGACGGCCAAGGAGUACCACAAGCGGCGGAAGAACAGCGGCCGGCGCCAGGAGAAGGCCGAGCCGCGUCGCCCGCGGACCCGGCGUCGCUGCCGGUGAAGAUCCUCGUGCUCGGCGACAAGGCCGUGGGGAAGACGGCGCUGAUCCGCCAGCUCGUGCGCGACGAGUUCACGAGCCGCUACAAGUCGACGACGGGCGUCGACUUCGCGCUGAAAGAGAUCGACGUCGACGGCCAGACCGUGCGGCUCCAGCUCUGGGACGUCGCCGGCGCGGAGACGACGCUGGGGAGCAUCGCCAAGGUCUACUACCGCGACACCUUCGGCGUGCUCCUCGUCUACGACGUGACGCGGCCGACGACCUUCGACACCGUGACGGCGUGGAAGCGGGAGAUCGACGACAAGGUGGCGCUGAGCAACGACGAGCCCGUGCCCGUCGUGCUCCUCGGCAACAAGUGCGACAUCGAGACGGCGACGGCGGACACGGCGGAGCUCGACCGCUUCUGCGGCCAGUGGGGCUUCGUCGCCUGGUUCGACGUCAGCGCGAAGACCGGCUUCAACAUCGCCGAGGCCGCGCGGUGCCUCGUCCAGAAGAUCACGUCCUACCCGGACCUCUUCGAGGCGCGAUACAAGCAGAACGCCGCCUUCCGACCGGCGUUGGCCUUCGCCGAGGACGACCAGGUCGGGAGCUGCUACUAA